CGAGGAGACCAUGGGCUGCAACCGCCGCCACUGAACACCGCGGUGAAUAGCCCUCAUCUACAAGGCCUUGGAGUCGUGUUGAAUUCUGCAACGCCUCUCUCCACGACAGCACUAUCUAGCCCUUUCACCCACAGUCAAUCGUCUUUUGCACCAUCUCCUAGCAGUGCUGUCAGAGGCGUAUCACCCAUGGCACUACGGCAGUCUUCCUCGUACGCCGUUCCUUAUAACCCUCGCGACUGGGGGCUGCCCGGGAAUGGCGGCAGUCAGGGCCCAGCGGCGACGAUGACGGUCUCGGUAUCACUUCCAUGGUCUAAUGCGACUGGUAUAGAUAUCUCUCCGUCUCUGCCUCCGCCACCGUAUUCGCCUCCGAGCCAGGGUCAGUCCACUGACCCGGCUGUGUCUGUCGCGUCUGUUUCGUCUUCUGCCGCGGUGUCAUCAUCGUAUCCUGCUCCUGUGCAAUCCCUGGGGGAGAGUCCCUUGAAUCAUCGACGACCAAUGCCUCGCCCGCGACCGCUUUCCAUGGUCCACUUGGGUGAUACAGGUUCUGGUGGGCAGGUGGCAUAUCUUCCACCACCGCCCCCCCUGGGUGCCAACUCCUCUCUCCAGAAUCGCUCUCACGGCCCAAGGUCCCGACUGUCCAAUGCCUUUUCCCCACCGGAGAACAACCAGUCGUUCUCCUCUAUUGAUCUCCAACACAUGCCCAGCACACCCUAUGUGAUGGAUGGCUCACCGAUCCCUCCUGCCUCCAGACGAGCUGUUUCUGCCGGCGCUGUCGUAAGUAGUGCGGGAUCGUCCUGGAACGCCCGUCAAUCCAGUGAUAGCCCCCCUCAAGGGAGCUGGGAGCCAGGAAUGCCUCUACCCCCGCCCCCUCCUGGACCCCCGCCGACCACCAGGUCGCAGAGCGUCAGCGGCUCAUCCGAUACUGUAUCAUCAAGGCACAGUAUGCAUCUUCCGCGCGCGAGAGCACGGCAACCUCCGGUCAUGGGGACCACUUUGGACAGAAUCCCGCCGACACCGGCGGACUGGGUGGACGAUACCACCACCGACAGCGAUCCCAGCCUUAAGCAAAAAGUCCCGUUGCACAUUGUGACCGGACCGCCAUCCACCUUACUCCCGGAAGUUGCCGCGCCUGGGGGAUCUAGUGUGCAUCCAUCACCUCCAAGCCGCAGGCCUUCAAAUAGCGGGUUGUUCCGUAGCCCGGCAGUUCGAGACCCAAGUGCCAAGGGGAUUCGCGAACGGCGCGUUGAAAGACGGAGCCGACAGGGUCUCGGCUCACAGGACCUCAGCGCGGUCUCAUCAAGCAGCAACCCGUGGGCUAGUGAUCUGGACCGAACCCAAGCAGUGAAGCCGGCCAACCUGGACUUCCCGGCUCCAGGUCAACAGAUAGACUCUGACCGUUCCCUGUUCCCAGCCAGAUUCACGCCGAAGAGUGCCCGAAGUAUCGGCUCUGAUGGGCAGCCGACAGGGAACCGCCCGAGAACUUCCUCAACGGGCCUUUUUUCGAAUCGAUCCUCGCUUUCGACCCCGCGGCCUGAAGUCACUUCCGGCUCUGGUUCCGGCUCUGGCUCUGGUCCCCAGGGAUUCGGGAUGGGGGGCGCAUACGCCCACACCCCGCCGUUCUCCCCGGGUAGCCAUGCAGACCCUUCGCCGUACGCCAAAACGAUGCCUCAUCCGGUGAAUCCGAAAGCGCUACCAACACCUCCCCCGCAGCAUCCACAAGAGAUCAGCCCUGCUAGUCGCCGUGGAUCCAAUAGCGGCGGCGGAUUGGGCGAUCGACCAGUGUCUCAUCUACUUCACUUGCCCAACGAUACCAUAACCGUGCCCCCUCCAUUGACGCCCCGUCGCCCUCCACCAGAGCCGACCAGGUCGACGGAGAAGGUUCGAGAUACUGCUUUUCUGCAGGAGGCCAUUCGGCGACAUCAGGAGUUCAUUGAAAAGGAGGCGACCGCAGCUAGUGAAGAGGAAGCGCUAAAGUUGUUUGCAGACUUCGUUCUCAGCGAGUCCCACAUCAGACGGGAACGGUACAAAGAUAUAUGGGAUCAUUCUGGCUUUGAUGUGGAGGAUGUCCGUCGGAAUCUGUUCGAGGUACCACCUGUACCGGGGCAUUGUUCUCCGUAUCGGUCUCGGUCUCUUUCUUCUUCUCGUCCAGCAUCCAGAGGGAACAUAAGCACUUCCAACGUCACGGACAACCCGCCAAUGCGGCCUGAAUCGGGCUGGUGGAACAACUACAAACCUUCCCUGUCACCCAUCGCUAGUAUGAGCAUGAGCAAUGAGAGCUCGCGUGGCCGGGCGCCUAGUCGCUGGUGGGAAUCUGUGUCGAGCAGUGACGGUCGGGACCCACGAGUACAACGAUCCAAACGCGAGUCUAAAUACAUGGGCGUGCAGCAGGAAAUACGCGAGGCGAUGCAGUGGGCAAACAUGCCGUCGCUUUCAGCGUUGAAUGAAGACCAGUCAGGCACUCACUUCGUGUACGGACCGGACGAGUACCCGCCGGAAAAGGUCGGCUGGCAUGAAGAAGAUGGCGGUGAUGAGACCGUCUGUCCUGCCGAGCGCACCCCCAACGCACUGAACACGUUCUCCGUGUCGACCGAGACGCAUAAAAUGGACGUAUCGAGGCUGAUCACAUUACCGCCGCCCUACCCGCGCCACUAUCCCGCCGUGAACAACAGCCAUCCGGACCUGGUGGCAUACCGGACGACCGUGCGGUCGAUCACGGAUCUGUCGGAGGUCAAGGCGACUCGGCAGAGACACAAGACGCAGACGGAGCGACUGCAGAAAGAACACCAGGAACGGGUACAGCAGAACCGACGGCUAUUCAAAGAAAACAUCCAGAGUCAGAUCCAACAGGGGAGCCUCUCGUUCGCCGAGGCUGCGGAAGCCGAGGCUGCCUUGGCCAUCGAAGAGCAGCAGGCCGAGCGCGAGCUAGCCAAGGCCGAGCUGGACACAUACCAGGACACAGUACUGAAGCCGAUGCACGCGAUUCUGACCGACCGAAUCGAACGGGCGACGGCCUCCAUGGACAAGCUUUGCAGCCAACUCUUUGACGACGCGCAGAACGAGACGCCCGAUCAGACGCAGGCGGAGGGAGACGAGAAACCGGAACUCCUGGAGAAGAUCACGCAGCUGAAAUGGUUGUUCGAGGCGCGCGAGCAGCUCCACCGGGAAGUCUAUGAGCUCGUCGGCGGCCGCGAUGAGAAGUACCAGGCUGUGGUCUCGCUACCGUACAAGCACAGCGGCAACGAGGACAAGGCGCGCGAGACCAGCGCCUUCUUCGCCCAGGACGCGAUGGACCGCCGGGUGCAGCACGAGGCGGCGGCGCUGGCUCGGCUGGAAUCCUUCCUUGACGUGAUCGAACAGAACGUCGUGCGCGGCGUGGAGAUCCAACUCUCAAGCUUCUGGGACAUUGCCCCGAGCCUUCUGGCGCUCGUCCAACAGAUUCCCGACCAGCUCGACGGCUUCGAGAUCCAGAUCCCCGCGGGCGAGUACGACGAGAACCCAAGCUACCAGGCCCACCCGCUCCAGUAUCUUUACUCGGUGGUAUGGCACGCCGAACGCUCCAGCUACCAGUACAUCGAGUCGCAGACGAACCUACUCUGCCUGCUGCACGAGGUCAAGUCGGCCGUCAUGCGCGCCAACUACAAGCACAUCGAAGCGCAGCGCAUCCGCCAGGGCGAGCCGGAAGACACCGUCCACGAGGAGACGCACGGUUUGCGCGCGGACGAAGAGCGUCAUCUGACGGCCGAUCUCAAGGAUAAAGUCGGUACUGUCGAGAGCCAGUGGACCGAGGCGCUGGGCAGUCAUAUCGAGGCGCUGCGUGAGCGGGUCAAGGCCCAGCUUCAGGCUGAGGAUGGGUGGGAGGACAUGGAACAACUCGAGUGAUGAAUAAUGAAUAUGGUUUUUUUUUCUUUCUUUCUUCUUUUUCUGAAUGAUACCCAUCCGGUCGCUACAAAUAUUUACUAAAUACAAAUUGACUACUUGACAGUACACUCAAAGUUGUGCCUCAUAGUACUAUAGAAGAGGAUCUCGAGUAUUUAAUAC